CGGGUUCUUCGUCUUCGCCACAGAGCUGUGGGAGGAAAGAUGGCUGAGGCAGAGCCCGACAGGAGAGCCCUACUCUCCGAUUUAUGUUCGGAAUUCUUGAAUUUCUCCGCCAAAGACACCGCGUCGCGGUGGCUGGCAGAGGCAAAUCUUCAGGUGGAAAUCUAUCGUCACUUGGCAGAAAACGUACCCAGGAUCCUUUGCUUGGGGCCGAGUGGCUGCAGCAGUAAAGAGGAGCAGAGAGAAGAGCAGAGGGAAGAACUGGCAUGUCAGCUGCUCCUCUUGGCUCCUUUGGAGUGGCUGCUGCUGGGCGAGGAUCCAGCCGCAGGCCUCCCUCAGCUACAGGAGAACAAUCAGCCAUCACCGCUGUGCGGACACGUGUUCAAGGUUGGAGAGCCCACCUAUUCCUGCAGGGACUGUGCAGCUGACCCCACCUGUGUUCUGUGCAUGCAGUGUUUCUUGGGCAGCGUUCAUAAAGAUCAUCGAUACAGAAUGACCACGUCCGGUGGCGGGGGGUUCUGUGACUGCGGAGACACUGAAGCUUGGAAGAAGGGUCCUUACUGCCAGAAACAUACACCGACCACCAACAAAGACUCAGAGGAGGACCCUGCAGCCCUGCUACCGGCUGACAUGGUUGUCCGCAGUUACAACAUUUUUUCCAUCAUCCUGAAGUAUGCUGUGGACAUGCUUACUUGGACACAAGAGGAUCAGCUUCCCGCAGGCCUUGAACCACCUGAAAAAGGAGACAACUACUACUGCAUGCUAUUCAAUGACGAAGUCCACACCUAUGAACAGGUGAUCUACACCCUGCAGAAGGCUGUCAACUGCAGCCAGAAAGAAGCCGUCAGCUUCGCCACCACUGUGGACAGAGAUGGCAGGAAGUCUGUUCGAUAUGGAGACUUUCAGUUUUGUGAACAAGCCAAGACUGUUAUAGUGAGGAACACCAGUCGCCAGUCAAAGCCUCUCAGAGUUGAGGUGAUGCACUCAUCGGUUGUUGCCCAUCAGUGUUUUGCUUUGAAAGCGCUGAGUUGGUUGGGACAAAUCAUUCAAUACUCAGAUGGCUUGAGGAGAAUACUGUGUCAGGUGGGACUUGAAGAAGGCCCAGAAGGAGUAAACUCAUCACUUGUUGACCGUUUAAUGCUCAACGACUCGAAGAUGUGGAAAGGAGCAAGGAACAUCUACCACCAGCUGCUGAUGAACAGUCUCCUCAUGGAUUUCAAGUACAAGAAGGUCUUUGCGAUCCAGUUUGCCAAGAACUACAGACGCCUUCAGACAGAUUUCAUGGAAGAUGACCAUGAGAGGGUGGUGUCAGUGACCUCACUGUCAGUACAGUUGUUCACCGUGCCAACCAUGGCUCGGAUGCUGAUGGUGAAAGAGAACCUGAUGACUACCAUCAUCAGGACAUUUGUCGAUCAUCUCCGUCACCGAGAUCUGCAGGGGCGCUUUCAGUUUGAUCGCUACACCGCCCAGCAGGCCUUCAAAUUUGGACGAGUCCAGAGCCUCAUUGGCGACCUCAAGUAUGUCUUAAUCAGCCGACCCUCCGAAUGGAGUGUUGAGCUCAGAGAGAAGUUUCUAGAAGGUCUGGAUGCUUUCCUGGAGCUCCUUAAGUGCAUGCAGGGCAUGGACCCGGUGGUUCGACAAGUGGGGCAACACAUAGAGAUGGAACCCGAGUGGGAGGCGGCGUUCACCCUCCAGAUGAAAUUAACGCAUAUCAUAUCUAUGAUCCAGGAGUGGUGCUCCACCGAUGAGCGUGUGCUGAUCGAGGCCUACAGGAAGUGUUUGAGUGCAGUCAGUCAGUGUCACAGCGGCCUUCCGGAUGGUGAACAGCCAAUAAGCUUGAGUCUGGCCGGCCACUGUGUGGAUACAUUUAUGUACCAGGUGUCUCAGGACAAGGUGUCCAUCCACCUGCCUGUCUGCAGACUACUUGCCGGUCUCCACGUUCUCCUCAGCAGGACAGACGUUGCCGCUCGGCUCCCCGAACAACUCCCGUUGGGUGAGCUCAGCCCCCCACUUUUGAUUGAACUCCCCCUGCGAUGCUUGGUGCUCUGUGCUCAAGUGCUGGCUGGGAUGUGGAGAAGGAACGGCUUCUCCCUAAUCAACCAGAUUUAUUAUUACCACAAUGUGAAGUGCCGAGUGGAGAUGUUCGACAAAGACGUAAUUAUGCUGCAGGCCGGCGCCUCUAUGAUGGAUCCAAACCACUUCCUGAUGAUCGUUCUGAAUCGUUUUGAGCUUUUCCACAUUUUUAGGUUCGCAGACUGUCGAAAGAGAUACCGACCGACCAAUAAGGAUUUGGUACAGCAGAACAAUACCUUGAUUGAAGAGAUGCUGCACUUAAUAAUCACUGUGAUCGGUGAACGUUACGUGGCAGGUGUUGGCCAGGUGGAGCCGUUUGACGAGGUCCGAAGGGAGAUCAUCCACCAGUUGUCAAUCAGACCUAUGGCUCAUAGUGAGCUAGUGAAGGCUCUGCCAGAGAAUGGAAACAAGGAGACUGGCCUAGAGCGCGUGAUCGACAGUGUUGCUUCGUUCAAGAAGCCAGGUGUGACAGGCCGUGGUCUUUACGAACUGCGUCCUGAGUGGAACAAGCACUUCAACCUUUACUUCUAUCACUACAGCAGAGCCGACCAGUCCAAGGCAGAAGAGACUCAGAGGAAGCUGAGAAGACAGAGUGGAGAGGACCCAGCCCUUGCUCCGCCAGUCCCCCCCUCCCUCUGCCCCCUGUUCGCUAGCCUGGUGAACCUCCUGCAGUGUGACGUGCUGCUGGCUGUGGAGGGUGCCGUGCUGCAGUGGGCGAUGGAGCCGCGGGGAGGAGGCUGGACCGAGUCCAUGCUGCAGAGGGUGCUCCAUUUGGUGGGCAUGGCUCUGCUGGAGGAGCAGCAACAGCUGGAAAACAGCAAUGGCGAGGAUGACAUCACCUUCCUCUAUACCGCCAAAAUCACACGUCCGGGCGAUGCGCCGAGUACUUCAGGAAGUGUACUUGCUUUGCUAGAGAGUCUACAGAAUGCUCCUCACCUUGAGGUCCACAAAGACAUGAUCACCUGGAUCCUAAAGAUGGUGGCAAACAUCAAAACCAUUCGAGAACGUUCCUCCUCCGCCUCCGCUGUUACCAUCAGCCCAGGACAUGGACCCGAAGAGACGAUACGGGACAAAGACAAGGCAGAGAGGAAGAGGAAGGCUGAGAUGGCUCGGCUACGGAGGGAGAAGAUCAUGGCCCAGAUGUCCGAGAUGCAGAAACAUUUCAUCAAUGAGAACAAAGAACUUUUCCAGCAAAGUCUAGAAGAGCUCGAAGCGUCCACGUCUGCCGAUGCAGAGCAUAGCCCCUCCAGUUCGGAGCCAUCCUCCGUCUCUUGGGUCUGCGUUGGCCCCACAAGGGUCGCGAGAGGAGCCGAGCGGCGUCAGCUUGUCACUUGCAUCCUGUGUCAGGAGGAGCAGGAGGUCAAAUGUCACGGCAGGGCAAUGGUAUUGGCCGCUUUUGUCCAAAGAUCAACCGUUUUGUCCAAAAAACGCUGCCGUGCUUUGCCCAAUGCAGAACGACAUGACCCUUUGUUCAUUCAUCCUGACCUUUCAAUGGGCAUUCACACCACCAGCUGUGGACACAUCAUGCAUGCCACCUGCUGGCAGAGGUGAGAGCCUGGAGGAGUGAGACUGAAUUGACCC